GCGCGGAUCUCUUCUCAUGACGUUAUUUCCGCCCGUGCGUUCGUGAUAAACGCAAAGCGGAAAUUACGCAGAAAUAACGCGUCUGUUGUAAGCGGCGCGAGAGGAACGUCUGUAGCGUGCGAGAUUGUUUUGGUCCUUCACCAUGAUCAUCCCCGUUCGCUGCUUCACUUGUGGGAAGAUUGUUGGGAACAAAUGGGAGGCGUAUUUAGGUCUUCUUCAAGCGGAGUAUACAGAAGGCGACGCUCUUGACGCUCUGGGUUUGAAGAGAUACUGCUGUCGCCGGAUGCUUCUGUCUCACGUGGACCUCAUCGAGAAGCUGUUGAAUUACGCGCCGCUGGAGAAGUGAGGAGGUUUCAGUGAAACUGAAUGCUUUAUCCUGAUGGAAGAAGCACGGUCUCGGAAAUGGCUGGUUCAUUAGACUAUAUCUGAUGCGAGCUUAUGAUGUUGCAUUUUUGUUUAUUAGCAUUUUGCAAAAUAAAGAUUGAAAUGUG